CAAAUCUCUCUCUCCCCCCGUCGAGCUUCCCCACUCCAUGCAUAUAUACCGGAUCAAACCUUAUUCUCUGUCACUCGCGACUAUUAUACGCCCACCCUUCGAACUUCACGCGUCAACGACCGCUUCUUUCUCCCGUUACAGUUUAUUUUCCUUUCUUGGAAUGGACGUUCUUCAACCGAUUUCUGCCGAUUACAUACGUUAGGGAUACACUUUUUUCUUACAGAUGGGUCCAUUCAGCUUCUUCUUCGCGUUUCUAGUAGUCUCCACCAUCUUAUGGAUUCUUAUAACGUUUGCUGCUCAAUUGCUGGCUCAAAUUCUAAGCCGUGUGAUGGGAGCAUCUGUCCAUUUCAGUGUUGGUGGAUUGAAAAGUUUAAGGAAUAUAAAUGUGCAGUUCAAAAAGGGUGCUAUUGAAUCUGUAUCUGUUGGUGAGAUCAAACUCAGUUUUAGGCAAUCGUUGAUCAAACUUGAACCGAAGGUGAGAUUGUUAAUACACAACUUGGAAGUGGUGAUGAGACCUCCAACGAAAAGCUCACCGAAAACCAGGUCUGGAAGAUCUCGUUCUUCAGGAAGUGGAAAGUUGAUGGCUGCAGCUAAUGCUGCAAGGUUUUUGUCUGUUUCUAUAACAGAAUUGGUGGUUAAGACCCCCAAAGCUAUUGCUGAAGUCAAAGAGCUAGGAGUUAACAUAUCUAAGGAUGAAGGGUCCUUAGAUGUAUUAGUCAAGUUGCAUCUUCUCCUGAUUUCACUCCACUUGGUUGAUCCACAAGCUAGUUCUGACCGAUCCUCCAAUUUUAACCAUGGUGGAUACAUCUCCAGGAAAACACCAUUGGUUGUAACAGAAAGGACCACUCCUUUCCACUGUGAAGAAUUCUCAUUGUCAUGUGAAUUUGGUCCUAAUAGGGAAGAUGGAAUUUCAGUUCGGACAGUGGACAUUUCAACUGGGGAGAUUGCUAUAAACUUAAAUGAGGAAAUCCUUGUUAAAAAGAAGACUUCCUCUCAAGUUUUGGCUAAUGAGACUGAGAUAUUGGAAUCCAACUCAGAUUCUAUUGCUACGAAAAAACCAUCUAAACUUUCAGCAUUGACCAAGCAUGCUUCUUUAAUUCCAGAGAAGUUCUCUUUCAGUCUGCCUACCUUCAAUGUCAAGUGUGUACAUAAGGGACACAAUCUUGUUAUUGAUAAUAACAUAAUGGGUAUGCAACUGAAAAGCGUCAAAUCCAAGUCUAUUCAAGAUGGGGGUGAAAGUACACACUUUGAUAUUCAACUGGAUUUCAGUGAGAUUCAUCUUUUCAGAGAAGAUGGCGUUUCUAUUGUGGAGAUACUAAAACUUGAUGUUCUCUGCUCAUCUCACAUUCCUUUAGAGCCUACUUUGCCUAUCAGAUCAGAUAUUGAUGUUAAGCUUGGGGAUAGCCAAUUUAACCUUGUCUUGAGCAGACUCAAGCCGUUGUUGCUCCUUAAAUCUUCUAAACCUAAGAAAAUGGUACUUCAAGAAGGAACGCCUAAUCCUAAGAGACAACACUCAACUGAAUCUAAAGCCAUUAUUUGGACUUGUUCCGUCUCUGCACCGGAGAUGGCUAUCAUGUUGUAUGAUCUGAGUGGGUCCCCGUUAUACCAUGGUUGCGUGAAAUCAUCCCGUUUUCUUGCUAAUAAUACAUCCAGUACCGGUGUUUCAGCACAUAUGUCACUUGGUGAACUAAAUUUACUCAUGGAUGAUGAAUAUCAUGAAUUCGUAAAAGAAGGCUUGUUUGGUGUGGUUACUAACACAGCCACCUUGUUUCAUAUUGCGAAAGUUAGCCUAGAUUGGGGCAGAAAAGAUAUUGAGUCGUCUGAGGAUGGUUCAAAAAGUAAAUUGGUUCUUUCUGUUGAUGUGAGUGGUAUGGGCCUUCACUUUACCCUUAAGCGAGUUGAAUCAUUAGUUACAAUUGGACUGUCCUUAAAGUCUUUGCUGAAAGGUCUUUCUAGUUCAAACAAAAAAUCAUCCCAGAACCAAGGAAAAUCAGUAACCUCAUCAGGCAAGGGGGUUCAGCUCAUAAACUUCAAUCUUGAAAGAUGCUCAGUCAGUUAUAAUGGUGAUUUUGGAUUGGACAAUGUCGUUGUUCCAGACCCUAAGCGUGUUAACUAUGGAUCUCAAGGAGGCAGAGUGUUAAUUAGUGUUUUAGCUGAUGGGACACCACGUACUGCCAAUGUGAUGUCCACUGUCUCUGAAGAGUGCAAAAUUUUAAAGUACAUGACAUCUAUUGACAUCUUUCACUUCAGUCUAACUGUGAAUAAAGAGAAGCAAUCUAUGCAGACAGAGGUUGAAAAUGCAAAGUCUAUAUAUCAGGAAUAUUUGGAACACAAUGAGCCUGGAACAAAAGUUUCACUACUUGACAUUCAGAAUCUGAAGUUUGUUCGGCGAUCUGGUGGUCUCAAAGAUGCUGCUAAUUGCUCUCUUUUCAGUGCUGUCGAAAUUUCAGUCCGGUGGGAACCUGAUGUUCAUAUAGCUCUUUUUGAACUUAUGCUGCGAAUGAAGUUACUUGUACAUAAUAUUAAGGCACAGGAAGCUGAAAAUAGUUCCACGGAAACCACAACUAUUGUAGGUCAUGGACAGGAGGAACCCUCAAUUGAACCUGCACCAUACGAAAAACAACAGAAGAAAAAGGAUUCACUUUUUGCGGUUGAUGUUGAAUUUCUGAACAUAUCUGCUGAUGCAGGAGAUGGAGUUGAAGCCACAGUACAGGUUCAAUCUAUUUUUUCCGAGAAUGCUUCUAUAGGAGUUCUCCUUGAAGGACUCGUACUAACUUUUAAUGAAGCGAGAGUGUUUAAGAGUAGUCGGAUGCAAAUUUCUCGUAUUCCUAAUGUUUCCAGGGUUUCGUCUGAAGGACAAUCAGAUGGUGUCACCACAUGGGAUUGGGUCAUUCAAGGCCUGGAUGUCCAUGUUUGCUUGCCAUAUAGAUUGCAGCUGCGCGCUAUUGAUGAUUCUGUUGAGGAUAUGUUAAGAGCUUUGAAGCUUGUCACUGCAGCUAAAACCAUGCUUAUAUUUCCUUGGAAGAAAGAGAGUGCAAAACCUAAAAAACCUAGCUCCACAAAAUUUGGAUCUGUAAGAUUUUGCAUACGCAAAUUAACAGCUGAGAUUGAGGAAGAACCAUUACAGGGUUGGCUGGAUGAACACUAUCAUCUCAUGAAGAAUGAAGCUUGGGAAUUAGCUGUCAGGUUGAAAUAUCUGGAUGAACUUGCUUCAAGGGCUAUGGAACCUCCUGAAACUGCUGAUAUAAAUGAUCCUUCACAUGAAGGUAAAAUUCUUUACAAGGGGGAGGAGAUUGACAUUCAUGAUGCUUCUGUUCUUCAGAGCAUGCGAGAUGAUAUUUACAAAGAAUCAUUCAAAUCAUAUUAUCAGGCAUGUAAUAAUAUUGUGCCUACAGAAGGGUCAGGUGCUUAUAAAAUAGGAUUUCAGUCUGGCUUUAAACUCAGCAAAAACAGGAGUUUUCUUAUUUCCAUCGUGGCCACAGAAUUAGAUGUAAGCUUGACAAAGAUAGGUGGUGGUGAUUCUGGGAUGGUAGAGGUUGUACAGAAGCUUGAUCCUACCAGUAAAGAAGACAAUAUACCCUUUUCUCGUCUUUAUGGGAGUAACAUUCUCUUGCGCGCAGGUUCUCUUGCUGUAAAGUUGAGAGAUUACACAUAUCCUCUAUUUUUUGGAACUUCUGGUAGAUGUGAAGGUCGUAUUGUGUUAGCUCAGCAGGCAACAAGUUUCCAACCCCAGAUCCAACAGAAUGUCUUCGUUGGAAGGUGGAGAAAGGUCUGCAUGUUUCGUUCAGCCAGUGGUACCACUCCUCCCAUGAAGACAUACUUUGAUUUCCCCUUACAUUUUCAGAAAGCAGAAGCUGCAUUUGGUGUGGGUUUUGAACCUUCUUUUACUGAUAUUAGCUAUGCUUUUACGGUAGCACUUCGGCGGGCAAAUCUGAGUGUUAGGAACCCCAAUUUUGUAGACAUCCAGCCACCGAAAAAAGAAAAAAACUUGCCUUGGUGGGAUGAUAUGAGGAACUAUAUUCAUGGGAAUAUUAGCUUGUUUUUGUCAGAGACAAGUUUGAAUAUUUUUGCUACACCAGAUCCAUAUGAAAAGAACGAUACACUUCAAAUUUUCACUGGGCAUAUGGAAAUUCAUCAGUCAGAUGGACGAAUUUAUGUUUCUUCAGCGGAUUUUAAGGUUUUCGCUAGUAGUUUGGAUACUUUGUUGAGAGAUUCAAACUUAAACUUUCCAAAGAGGGGUGUUGGACCUACCCUAGACAUACCAUACCUUACUGUUGAAGUGAUAAUGGAAUGGGGAUGUGAUUCUGGAAAUCCAAUGAAUCAUUAUUUGUUUGCACUUCCAAGUGAAGGUGUGGCUCGGGAAAUAAUUUUCGAUCCUUUUAGAUCUACAUCCCUGUCCUUGCGUUUCGAUAUCUCGCUUAGAUCAUCUCCUUCUACAACUCAAUCACAGGCUCCCCCUGUUGGAGAAGAAGCUGGUGUGGCUACAGUUUCUGAUAAUUGUAAAAUGAAUUCACCAACAAUAUCUGUGGGCACUUUUGAUCUAACAUGGCUAGCGAAGUUCUGUACCAUUAUGUACCUUCCUCCUGUCAAGCUGCGAACCUUUUCGCGUUGGCCUCGUUAUGGAGUUCCAAGAAUUGUCAGAUCAGGCAAUCUUCCAAUGGACAAGGUGAUGACAGAAUUUAUGCUGCGCAUAGAUAUAACUCCGACUUGUAUAAGACACGUGCCUCUAGAUGACGAAGAUCCAGCUAAAGGGCUAACUUUUAAGAUGGAAAAGCUGAAAUAUGAAAUGUAUUUUGGUCGAGGUAAGCAAAUUUUUACAUUUGAUUGCAAGCGUGACACACUUGAUCUCGUUUACCAGGGAGUUGACUUUCAUAUGCCUAAAGCUUACCUGGAUAAAGAAGCGUGCGUGAGUGUUUCAAAAGUUAUUCAAAUGGCAAAGAGGAAAAUUUCAAAAUCUCCUUCCAUGGACAAAGAUGAUAAAAAUAUCUCUACUAAUGGUAGUAAUGAGAAGCAUCGUGAUGAUGGUUUUAUAUUUUACUCUGAUUACUUUACAAUCCGAAAGCAUUCGCCCAAGGCUGACUCUGCAAGGCUAGUAGCUUGGCAAGAAGCUGGGAGAAGAAAUAAGGAUAUGGUACAUGUGAAGUCGGAGUUUGAAAUUAGGAGUGAUGGUGGUGAGCACACACACUCUGAUCCAAGUGAUGAAGAUGACUAUAACGUAGUAGUAGCUGACAGUUGUCAGCGAGUUUUUGUUUAUGGUUUGAAGCUGUUAUGGACAAUUGAGAACAGAGAUGCUGUUUUCUCAUGGAUUCGUGGGAUAGGUAAAGCAAUUCAAUCAAAGCCUUCUCCUUCUCGACAAUAUGCACAGAGGAAAUUGCUUGAGUACAAUUUGUCGCAGAAACCUGAAAAAUCUCAAGAUGAGAUUUCAGAAUCACCUGCAACCGAUGUUGUUCAGUCUUCAGAUUCAGAAGCACCUCCAUCUAUAGUUGACACAGUUGAGGCUGAAAACGUAUUGCCAGCUGCAGCUGUCAGGACAGGAAACAAUGACACCGAGGAAGAGGGAACUAGUCAUUUCAUGGUGAAUAUUAUAGAGCCACAGUUCAAUCUUCAUUCAGAAGAUGCAAAUGGUAGAUUUCUUCUUGCAGCUGCCAGUGGGCGUGUUUUGACUCGUUCAUUUCAUGCAGUCGUCCAAGUUGGAUCUGAAAUGCUCGAACAAGCACUUGGCACUGGUGGAAGCAUGCAAAUUCCUGAAAUUCAGCCUGAAAUGGCAUGGAACCGCAUGGAAUUCUCAGUGAUGUUGGAACAUGUGCAAGCCCAUGUUGCUCCAACUGAUGUUGAUCCAGGUGCUGGAUUACAGUGGCUACCAAAAAUCCGUAAGAGCUCCCCAAAAGUGAAGCGUACUGGUGCUUUACUUGAAAACGUAUUUACACCCUGUGAUAUGUUCUUCCGUUUCACAAGACACAAUGGGGGGACCACUGAUAUGAAGAUUAAACCCUUGAAGGAGCUGUCUUUCAAUUGUCAGAAUAUUACAGCAACUAUGACAUCAAGGCAGUUUCAGGUUAUGCUAGAUGUGCUGACUAAUCUUCUUUUCGCGAGAGUACCAAAACCACGAAAAAGUAGUCUAUUAACUGAAGAGGGAGAAGACAUGGAAGAGGAAGCUGAUGAGGUAGUUCCUGAUGGUGUUGAAGAGGUAGAGCUAGCGAGAAUCAGUCUUGAACAAAAAGAGAGAGAACAAAAUAUGAUCCUUUUUGACAUCAGGAUGAUGUCUAGUAAUGAUGAUUUUUCUACUCAAAUGAACCUUGAGAAGGAAGGCAAUUUAUGGAUGAUAGAAGGUAGAAGACCAGUAUUGGUUCAAAAAAUGAAAAAUGAGCUUGGUAAUGCAAAAAAAAUGAGAAAGGCUUCAUCAGCUUCACUAAGAGAAGCUUUGCAAAAAGCAGCACAGCUAAGACUUGUUGAGAAAGAGAAGAACAGAACUCCAUCAUGUGCUAUGCGUAUUUCGGUGCAAAUUAAUAAAGUUGUUUGGACUCUGCUUGCAGAUGGAAAAACAUUUGCUGAAGCUGAGAUUAGUGAUAUGAUAUAUGAUUUUGAUAGGGACUACAAAGAUUUUGGUGUGGCUAAAUUCACAACAAAGUACUUUGUCGCGAGAAAUUGCUUGCCUAAUGCAAAAUUUGAUAUGGUGUUGUCUCCAUGGAAUCCUCCUGCUGACUGGGGCAAAAAGGUAAUGCUUCGAGUUGACGUGAAGCAGGGAGCUCCAAAGGAUGGUGGCAAUUGUCCCAUUGAAAACUUCCAGGUUGAGAUUUACCCCUUGAAAAUACAUUUGACUGAACAUUUGUACCAUGUGGUAUGGGGGUAUUUGUUCCCUGAAGAAGAACAAGACUCCCAGAGACGGCAGGAAGUUUGGAAAGUUUCAACUACUGCUGGUACAAAACGUGCAAAGAAAGGUUCAUCUGUGUCUGAUGCUUCUUCAAUGGGUAACCUUUCAAAAGAUCUCGAAGUUUCCUCCAAGACAAAUCCUUCUUCUGGUAGCAACAAGGCGGAUUCUGCCCAAGCAACAAAGAAUAAAGCAAAUGCAACUCGUGGUUCAAACAGUGAGCUUAGGCGAACAGCUUCUUUCGAUAGAACAUGGGAAGAAAACGUAGCAGAGUCUGUGGCAGAUGAACUAGUAAUGCAGGCUCAAUCUUCAAAAAUGGGAUCCAUUGGUAUUGAACUGCAAGAUGAACCUGGUAAAAAUAAGCAAAAAGAUAACAAGACUAGUAAAACGGGUAAAGCAGCAUCCCAAGAAGAAAAGAAAGCGGUAAAACAACAAGACGAUAAAAAAACUAGACCUCGAAGACUGCGCGAGUUUCGCAAUGUCAAGAUAAGUCAGGUUGAACUCUUAGUAACAUACGAAGGACCGCCAUUGUCUUUUACUGAGCUAAGGUUGCUCAUGGAUACAUUUCAACGUGUUGAUUUUACUGGAACAUGGAGCCGGUUAUUCUCACGGGUCAAAAAGCAUGUCAUUUGGGGUGUCCUAAAGUCUGUUACAGGAAUGCAGGGUAAGAAAUUUAAAGCUGCGUCAAACAGCCAAAAGGAGACCCCGAGUACAGCUGUUCCAGAUAGUGAAAAUACUCUCAGCAUCACUGAUGGAUCUUCAGCUGAUAAAUCUAGUCAAAACCUGCUAGCUUUGGCUGCUCAGCGUUCGGUUGAUGGAGCUGGGGAUGGAUUUGUGACGUCAGUAAAAGGACUUUUCAGUACCCAUAGGAAAAAAGCCAAAAAGUUUGUUCUUCGUACAAUGAGGGGUGAGGCUGAGAACGAGUUUGCUGGGGAUUGGAGUGAUGGAGAUGCGGAGUUUUCUCCCUUUGCACGUCAACUAACCAUAUCUAAAGCUAAGAAACUCAUUCGACGACAUACGAAGAAGUUCGAUGCUAAAGGACAGAAAGAUUCCUCGGAGCAAUCAUCACCAACGGGAGAGAUGGUCAAUUUUGAAGUGUCAUCUUCAGACGAAUCCUCAGCUGACGAGAAUGAGCCGCGUGAUUAGAAAUCUGUGAAAAGUAUAUUUAUUGAUUGACAAUUGCUUGGCUUUUUGCAAUUAACGUAUAUAAAGUAUACCCACAUGGAGAAAGUAUAUAAUGUCCCUGAAAUUUUCUCAAGAAAGAAGAAGGAUUGCUGAAACUUUACAGUUUGUAUUAGACAAAUAUAUGAGUGAAGAGAGAAAGUGAAAAGGAAGGUAUACAGAUUUCUGUUUUUAUUUUCUUAAAUUUAUAUACAUGAUGGUAUCUUUAAAACAAGACAGUGGAGGAUUAUAUGAUUAAAAUUCCUGCUUUUAUUUUGGGUUUGAUAGCAUCAUAAGAAUGGAUGUGGACUCUAAUGAGUUCCAUAGUCAAUUUUAUCCAAUCUCCAUGUUU